AACAGAUUUCUAAGUGAUAACAAAAUUACGAGUGUGGAUUCAGGGACCUUCAAGAGCCUUUCUUCGCUUAUGCUGAUGUAAGUUCUAAGCUGCAGAUAUACGUCAAAUAGUUGAUUCGUCUGCGACUGAUUUUCUAAUCCUGUUUGCCGGCUCCUCCUCUCGCCUAAAUCCUUUCCUCGUCCUCGUGUGACCUUCGCCCUUAACUGAAAAUCGCCAAGCGGACCUUGAAGUCUAUAUCCUCGCGAAUCGCAGGGCAUGAGUAGGGGCUGGGAUGAGACAUUUGAGCUGCGCUCUACCUGGUCUCUUUGCUUUCGCAUCCUAAUUUCUUCAUACCUGGAACGGAACUGUGGAAAAUGAAAUGAAAAAUAAUCUUUUGUUCAUGUUAUGUCUACCGCGAAAGUAAAUUGAUUUGGUUUUAAAUGAUUAAAAUUACUCAUUUCUAACUACCAUUCAUGUGAAUAUGUUUUACUUUCAGAAAUCUAGCGAACAAUCCAAUAACAACAUUGCUGCAAAAUGCCUUUACAAUAGCGAAUUCCAGUCUGAAGAUAAUGUAAGUUGAAGAUAUCGUGCACGUUUCUCAAGUCCCCCCCUCCCCUCCGAUCCUUUUUGAUACGUUCCCCUCCCUCCCAACCCUCCCAGACAAAAACUGUUGGGCCUUGUUGCUUAUCAUUCUAGAACCAAGUUUUUAUUUGAAAUCCUUUGUCAGUUCAGUUUUACAGACAGCUCGUCAACAGUCAUAAGAAAAGUGACGACUCGCACAAUGACCCUGGAAAUAAUAAAAUCUAUCUUCUUUCUAGAUAUCUGAUGAAUACUAAAAUGGAAAAACUAAACAUGAAAGCUUUUGAGGGACAAAAGAGGCUUAAAACGUAUAUGUAAGGAGACAAAUUUGAGUUUAUUAAAUGAAAUGUUUAAUGGUUUAAUAUAUACAUUUAAUAGCACUUGAAAGGAAUCCUCAUAUUGUAUUUAAUUUUGUUGUCUGAAAGUUGGAGUGAAGAUCCAGUUAGUGGAGCACUCUACGGCUGAAAAAAAUUAGCGCAAUAGCGUUGUUUCUUGUUUUUUAAAUUUGCAAAAUUUCAUAACUGCAUAUUUUAAAAAACAAUAUUACCUCUUCUGAAGGGUUUUUUUUUACAUAUUGUAAAGGAGGAGACGUGAGCUUGAAAAUAUUAAAAUGUGUUUGGUACUGCAAGAGAACUCCUCCUUUGUGGACGACAAUGCCAUGGAAAAUGAACAUUUCUAUUUUUGCCUCUUUCACGAUUUUAAAGUUCACCCCAACACGCAACUGAGGGUGUUUCAGCAGACCAAAAAGCUCUCUUCGUCGCUCUGACCGAAGCUGGUUUUGCCGACGGGAAUCAGACGUACAGAGCACCCUGUCCGACAGGAACUUUCGUUCCUCAUCUUAAAAACUUUCAGUACGGCACAGCUAUGAUGGCAAAGUGUAUUCCUUGCCCUCCAGGUAGGUCACGAAGAGGUGCUAUCACGACCCUGUCGCAGCACAGCGAACCUUUUCAUGCCAGUGGAGUAAGUGAAGCGCCAAUAUUUUCUAAAUAACUUUGAUAUAUUGCUUACAAGAGAGAUCAAGGUGCAUGAAAGCUAUUGUUUGUCCAGAAUGUAUGUUUCUUCUUGUUAUCCCCUUUGCUUAAACACAAAAUCCUGCGAUAAACAUGGUAUAACUAAUGUGUUUUCAUAUCUAGCCUGCGACCAGGCCCUUAUUAUCAGCGUUUUGGCACGAGUGUUUCUUCGCCCACAGGAAAGUACGAGGCCUUAAGCUACGCGAACUGGCGAGAAGUCUACAAGACGUCUAGCUCUGUUGUAGAGUAGAGACAACGUGCUACCAUGGAAGACUUAUGGUUUUUCAUAAUCUGAUUCCUGAAUAUAUAAGUACGAGGGUGAUAUACAAAAUGAAUAAAUUAGCACUAUGAAACGAAUAAAUACAGAAUUCGAAGAUGCGAAACUAUUUAAACUAAAUUAUGCAGAUUCCAAGUUGGCGACAAAUCACCAAUAGAGUUCUUUGUACGGAGUAUUUUACCUGCGCGGAGUAAUUUUAAUCACGGUAUACACUCUCAGCGGUACGGUAUACAUCAUCAGCAACAUUAUCGCCAGGCCCCCGGCAAACCUCUACCUGACUCGUCUCUAAUCUUCUCGUGGGCGGAGAAACGUGUAUCCUCUAGUGCUGAUAAUGAGGCUUCCUCACAGGCUAUUUCAUAUCAUGUUCGGCGUCUUGUCUGUUACGGUACCUCAGUAGAUCAUAACCAUUACAAUUUCCUCAAAUGUGAUUGGUGCAUCAGCUGCUUCAUUUUUCACUAAUCAUUCUGUAUAGUUGUAAUCGGACAGUUAGCUGUAAUCGGACACCUGUAAUCGGACAGUUGAAGCAGCCAAUCAUACUAGGUCCACUCUGCUAAAUCCACCAAUCACAGAAUUGAUCACAAUAACCAUAGCAACAACCACUUAUCCAAAGAAAAACAAGGCAAUUUCCAAAAUGGAUAAAUAUCUAACUAAAAUCGUUAUGAUUAAUUGGUAACAGGAUUUCUUUCCGUUCAAUUCUGUCAGUAAUCAUACCCGUGAUAAACAAAUCGGACCCCCGCUUCGCGGUCGUCCUAUUUUGUUAAUAACUCGUAUGAUCACAGAUCGAAUUGGACUCCACUCGAUCUUAUUGCCAUUAUUAAUCAAUGGAGAAGCUAAUUGUAUGGGGAGGUGCAAUUUCUGCAAACUUUCAAAAUGUUCUUUGUCACAUUGCACAGAGAGACAAGUGUUAGCUUGCGACUCUGCUAGAUUUUUGUUUACAAUAGAUUUUGCAUGUCAAGUGGCAUGUGACCUUAACAGUCUUGUUCAGAUCCCUGGAAAGUUUGAAUUCUUCCAAGUCUCUGUUUGAGUCAGUUUGUGGGCCCAUUUGUGGGCCCAGGAAUUUACUCCCAAUUCUUAACGAAACAUUUUCAUUUUAGGUGGUUUUUAUUCCGAUAGUGUGGCAACCGUCGCCGAAGAAUGCUUGCGAUGUAAUCUGGGAACGUAUGUUCCCCCGGAGAAUGCGCCGGGAAAAAAAGUCCUGGACUGCGAAGUGUGCCCCACAGGUGAAGUGAUUCUCGACUGAAGAUAUAUUUAGAUACUAACCACAGAGGAAUAAAUCAAGGAAAGAUAAAGAGUCGACGCAGAGUCAUUAUUUACUUUACAGAUAUUUUAUAUUUUAACUACUGUGAUACUGAUACCCAGAAGUUUCCUCACUUUCCACUUCCCCCUCACAUUAAACCUGUCAAGUUUGAUUUAAAAUUAGAGUGGGGAAAACUUUAGAACAGGGUAUAGUGUUAAAAUAAUAGCUCUGAUGAUCUGCUAUUGUCUAUUUGUAGGUACUAGGACAAAUCUUCAUUCCGGCCACAGAGCCUGUAAAUGUAUUAAGGGAUUCCACCGCAACGAUCGAUUUGGUCCCUGUGAGAGUUGUCCCUCCAAAGGCCUAGAUUGUCUAAAUGAAUCAGUUUCAUUAAAGAAAGGAUAUUACUGGCAAUGGAAUUCUCAAAUGAACAGGCGCGCCUAUGAAGCUUUUGCCAAAAAUCUAAAAAUCGAAAACGACACUUACCUCAGAAAUUCCACCUCUUAUAACGGAACCCUUCCGAUUCCAUACCAAUGUCCCCAGGUUGUAGCAUGCCUGGGAGGACUGGAGUCGAAAUGUGCCAAAGGGUAUACAGGUCCCUUGUGUGAGGUGUGCGAGGAUGGAUUCUAUAAACGGGUCCUCUCAUGUAAGUCUUGUCCGUCCAGUACCUGGGUCAUCGUGCAGCUGUGCCUUUUAGGAGGGGGUGUUGUUUUGCUCAUAGGUAUUCUUAUUUGGAGCGGUAGGAGAGAAAAAUCCAAGGAAAAACGUCCUUUGGUUGACAUCUUGUUAGCCAGGCUAAAGAUUGUGAUUGGCUUCUAUCAGGUCACAUCCGGGAUAGUUGAGGCUUUUGUCUAUGUAAAGUGGCCAUCAUCUUUGUCUAUGAUCGGUGAUUAUGCAGAAGUAGUCCAGCUAAACGUCCUGCAGUUUGUACCUCUUCAUUGCUUAUUUCCGUCCUGGAAGCAAAAUGCUUUUAGCAAAAUGUACGUGAUUUUUGGUAGUAAUUUUUGCGUAAUGUUUCUUGCGUUCGGUUGCUAUUGGAUAAAGAAACUUUUUCUCUUAAGAAAACCAACAUCAGAGUCUUUAGAAGUGAAGGAUUCUCUAUCCGCAACGAAAGAGUUCCUGUAUCGUAACGUAUUUCUAUAUCUCUUCAUAACUUACCCAAGCACUAGUUCGGCGAUAUUAAGGACCCUCCCAGUCGCUUGCCACAAGCUGUGCACUGAAACGUCCUGCAAGUUCUACCUUAAAGCAGACUACAGCGUCGAGUGCGAGGGUGAAAAGUACGAGUUUUUCACACUGUUUGCCUUCGUUGCUUCGUCUUACAUUGUGCUCCUUCCAGCGCUUAUCUUUGUGGCUUUGUGGAGACGUAGGAGAAAACAAGUUCUGGCAGUUGAAAAUGGUGAAGGUGAGAUUGAGUUCUCGGCCGGGGGGGGCGGGGAGAUAGGGCCGCGGCCUCCUUCGGCGGUUAGAAUCUGAAGGGAAGUUGUGUAGAUUUAUUGACAGAAAAGAAUGCAAAGUAAGUAAAAAAAGAUGAAAAAUUACUCAGAACUACAAAAAACCUGUACUUAAGUUUUAUACUUGCUGGAGUUGUGUCGUUCGUUCUAUUUCCUGACGAUGUCAAAGCAGUUAAACGUUUCCUUACAGGGUAUUUCAUUAACCAUAACAAACUUAACCUUCAGGUCUUGAACUCGAUCAGCCGCGACAACUGGACGAUCUUGAAAGCGUAAGAAUCGUUUACAACCCCAAUUUCGACUGCAGUCAAAUUUGAUGUGUCAUAGAUAACUUGAGGGCAUCAGAGGAACCAUGGAACUACUUUACUAUGAAAACGAUAGCAAAAUUACCUCAAAAAGUUUGGUUCCAUUAUUUAACAUAGAUAAAUGAAUUUAAUGUCACGAUAUGUCGGCUAGUAUGUUGUUUCCACUAGACUUACGCUUUCACUGUUCAAAGUUCUUCCUGCAAGUAUUGCUUUCUUUGUCUCGUAGAGGGGUCAAUUGACGAAUCAGAGCUAAUCUCAGGAAUGAGCUUCCUUUACGAGAACUACAACGAUGACGCAUGGUACUGGGAACUUGUAGAGGUGAUACGGAAGCUCGUGUUGACUUGUGGGAUUAUUCUGAUUGGGCGUGAGAGCAGAGCUUAUGUUGGUCUGGCCUCGAUCUGUUCCGGAUUGUUUGCUAUUGUUUAUGCCUUCCGCAAGCCAAUCAGGGACGAAUUUGAGGACAAACUGCAGCUGACAUCUCUCCUUGUGAUAUUUCUCAAUCUCGGUAUUGGAGUGAUUUUGAAGAUCCCAAAAGAAUCUGUCCCUUCCGAUGUGGAUCAACAUGUCGAUUCAUUGCUGGUGAACAUUCUCGUUGUUGGAGCAAACAUUUUGGUUAUUUUGCUUGUUGUGGGUAUGUUGAAUUUCAGUGAAGCUUUAUAAAUUGGCUCUAUCCACGCUAGCUCACCAUUUUAUUCUGGGUUUUUUUUAUUCGUCCGUUUUUCUUUUUUUGUUUUUGCUUUCGUUUGCUGUUUUUGUGUGUGUUUUUCUUUCUUGAGUUCAUUUAAGUGCAUCCGUUCGUACUCUCAUUCGCCUUUCUAUUGGCUCGUAGAACUUAGAACUAAAACAUCCUCGCUUACAACUAAGUGCUUGCUUUCUUGUUUUCAACAGGUCGCUAUCUUGCUGUAUUGCUACACAACUUUAUGAUGUGGCGCAAAAACCCGCAGUGUUCCGCAACCUGCUGCAUCACCAUGCUUCUAUCCUUGAAUGACUUGGGUAGUGGCGUGAAUUCAGUAGCUGCAGGUGGCAAGUCCUCUGGGCUCAAGCUACAACUAGGCGUGGGAGGUGUGGAUAUGCCAUCUAUGCGAGCAGCUGUGAGCGACAAUGUAGGAUUUGAAAUAGAAGAAGUUGACGAGGACGCGGAGAAUAAAAAUAAGGGAAAGAUUGUUAAAGCUGUCCACAGGUUUAUGUCAAAAGACGAAGGAGGUGACACUGGGACGGAAACAAAACACACAGACAGCCCAGUCUCAGAUGGGCGUCGUUUUAACCGUUUUCCGUCCAUUAAAUCAACAGUUUUGCAGUCUUAG